AUCAAUUCCAUCACUCAAAUUCCAGCUUUAACUUGUGCUUAAUUUCUCAAAAAAAAAAAAAAAACUUGUGUUUGAUUUAUUUUCAAAAGCAAUAAUGGCUUCAAACCGUUUACCAAGUGAGGUUAAGGGUGGCUAUUGGCUUGAAGACAGUGGUCUACAAGCCGAAGACAUCAACUCAACUCUUUUCACCCAUCUUUUUUGCGCCUUUGCCAACCUCGAUAAUACCGGAACUGACAUACUCACAAUUUCUCCAACAUGCUCCACCUUCCCCGAAAUCGUCCGAAAAAGGAACCCGUCGGUAAAAGUCCUCCUAUCCAUAGGUGGAGGGAACAUUGGGUCCAAAAAAUUCGACACCAUGGCCAGCAUGCCUAAACUCCGAGGUGACUUCAUCGAGUCCUCGAUAAGCCUUGCUACGACUCAUGGCUUCGAUGGCCUUGACUUGGACUGGGAGAAUCAGACCACGAUUAAUGAGAUGAACCAUAUGGCGACCCUCCUGUAUGAAUGGAAGGCCGCCAUAAACCGUAGGGCUCCACAUUUGCUCCUAACUGCGGCCCUUCGUUUUAAGCCAGUAGCAUAUACAGGAGUUCCUUUUCCUGUACAAGCUAUAAUCGACAACCUAGAUUGGGUUAAUGUCAUGGCUUAUGAUUUUUACUCUCCGGCUUGGCCCCCGCAGCCAGUUGUGACUAUGUUCCAUGCUCCGCUCUAUGAUCCAACGCGCAGCACUGUAAGCGGAAGUGAUGGGAUUACUGCUUGGAUUAACGCGGGUGUGCCUGCUAAAAAACUAGUCUUCGGCUUACCCUUUUACGGGUAUCAAUGGAAACUUCAAAAUGCUAACAAUCAUGGUAUUAGGGCACCAGCCAUUGUGGUAGAAAACCAAGAUCCUAAUGCGAGAACGUUUAAUCAGAUCCAUCAUUUCAUCGCUGGAAAUGGUGCAAUAACUGUGUAUGAUCCUGCUUACGUUGCUAAUUAUUGCUACGCCGGCACUGAUUGGAUUGAUUUUGAUGACCAAAAGACCAUUGCUAUUAAGGUUGCUUAUGCCAAGAAUAAGGCCUUGCUGCUCGGGUAUUUUUCUUGGUGUCUCCACCAAGACCGUAAUUGGGCUCUUUCUACCAUAGCUUCACAGACGUGGGAUGCAUAGCGAGCUAACUGUGACCUAGCAAUGGGAAGCUGUAUCGCAUCAGAUCGAUCAAUCAGUUUUCUUCUAUCAUCAGUAUUGUUUAAGAAAACAAAACCUAUCCUUGUUCGUUUGUGAAAUAAGUUUGCACCAAAUAAAAUAUUUGUAUAUAUAUGUGUGAAAUAAGUUUGCACCAAAUAAAAUAUCUGUAUAUAUAUGUGUGAAAAAAAGUGUGAGCAUGAUUGAUACAAGUGAGAGAAAUAAAUAUAUUGUGCGUGUGAAAUUAUAAGAGUGAUACAGUAUAUAUCAACUGUUGUAAUUCAUGUAUGGUUUGUUUUUAAUAAAAAUUGUGUUUUCGUGUA